UAACGCCUUUGUUUGCGAACAUCAAUUGUCCAGACUGCUGAAACUGCGGGCGAUAAUUAUAUUUCGAGUUGAAUUACAGAGCUAAACAGAGAUUGUGAAAAGAAAUGAGCGAGCAACAGCCGCAAGAUGAAGCUUUUAUACCCAACGCAAAACCUGGCUUUUGCUCAGCAACAUGCACCGACAAGGAGUCAACGCUAAGAGAAAUGAGAAAAGAAGAUGUGAAGACCUCAGAUUUGUACACCACCUGCAAUCUACCAAAAAGAUUUGAACAUCCCCAUUGGUUCAACGGGUAUGGGUGUCAAGUGAGCAAGCAGCAUCCAUUCUACAGAACAACUGCCAACGACUACGGAUGGUAUCCUCCAGGAUAUUACUCGGUACCACUAGUGUUCUUCCCUGCUGGCCAGCGGUUCACGAACAAGCUGUCAGCUGCCGGCAUGUAUAGGAACUACAGCCUCAACACUGGCAUGGAUCAAGUAGGAUACCACUAGCUGAAGUACCGCCAACGUUAACUAAUUCAUAAGACGAGAAUUCUCAAAAUUUUCUGUGUCAAUAUUUACAUGAUGUAGUAGUAGUACGCAAAUAGAUAUUACUUUGCACGUAGUUUGAAGAUUCGAUCGAAUUUAGAAAAAGGAAAUUGCAUUUUAGCACCAUGGCAAUACCUAGUUAUAACCUACAACACAGGUAACUAGAUAAUUUUAUAAUGUAUAACACGGACUCGGUACCCUUAUCAUAGUCGUGCAACUGUCAAAUGAUGACAACUAGAGGGAAACUGAAACUUUACCGUACUGAGGAACUUCUACCUCUGUUUAUCUCUGAUUCAACUCAUGACAAUGAAAGGACAGGAUGGCGCCAAAGUUAAGGAUAAACUGAUUAUGUAGGUACUUAAUCUAAGUACUUGGUUUCAAUCUUACCAAUGUUUAUCUUUUCCAAUGAUGACAGUUUGUAAACAGCCAUUCAUCAAAAGUUUUUGAAGCGAUUAUUGCAAUCAAAAUAGUGCAUUUACAUUAGUUUGUAGCAAUUUCAUGUUUUUGUUUUUUAGGCUUUUCUUUUUGAAUUAUUUCUAUUAGGAUUUCACAAUCAAUUUUGAAGAAUUUUAUCAUUACUAGAGAAUAUUGUUGACACCUUAUUGGUGGAUUUUGUGUGCAUUGAAAUAUAUUAUGAUACUAUCAUGGAAGGUAGAAUAGAAUCGAUAUCCUUCAUAAAUAUUAGUAUUAUCAAACUAACAUUACGCACAAGCCAUCGAUUUAUGACGUGUUUCACAGAUGAAUACUGGUAAAUGGUAUUCAAAAUAUUUCAAGUGCAGUUAUUGAAAAUAAUUUUCGUUUAUCUCCAUACUAUCCUCAUGACCCAUUCACCAGGAAUAUUUAGGUAAUUUUGGAGGAUAUAAAGAUAUAAGAUUGAUUUGUCAUUAUUCAUACGCACCAUACUCACAUUAUAUAUAAAAAAGCAAGAGUUCGCAUACCUACAAUCAAUAAAUUAUUAUGGCUUACACAUUUUUAUGUUAUUGUUUAAUCUAUAAAUCGAUGAUUGUAUAGGUAUUUAAAUAUUCCAAUAAACACAUACCUUUUGAAAA